UCAUACUUCUGUCUGCUAUCAACAAACAUGGUUGUGGCAGUUUCAAAUAUAUUUCGUUUAUUUUUAUUAAUUUGUGUUCCAUGUUGUAUAUGUGAUAUAAGUUAUACUAGGCCUUAUGAGAAAUGGCCAACCGUUGCGAUUUCGAUUCUUGUUCGCAAUAAAGCCUACUCAUUGCCAUAUUUUUUAUCAAGCUUAUUAAAUUUAGAUUAUCCUAAAGAAAGAAUUUAUGUUUGGUUCUACAGUGACUUCAACUCAGACAAUAGUAAUGAAAUUCUUAAGGACUGGAUUAAAAUGCACUCAAAGGAAUACAAUAAAAUAUACAUAACUAUGAAUACAACAUCUGGAUUUAAACAUGAAGAUCAAGAAACACCUACUCACUGGAGUGAUGGGCGCUUUAGGCAUGUGAUUGAGUUACGGGAGUCAGCAUUGAAGUUUGCUAGACUUAAGUGGGCUGAUUAUAUCUUCAUGUUAGAUGCUGAUAUUUUAUUAACCAAUACUUUGACUUUGAAACAUCUUGUCUCCAAAGGAUACCCAAUAUCUUCACCAAUGCUGAUGUCGGCUUCAACAUACUCUAACUUUUGGUGCGGAAUGGACGAGUACUACUACUAUAAGAGAACUGAUGAAUAUAAGCCCAUACUCUUCCGCAAAAGUGUAGGAUGUUUUGAUGUGCCAAUGGUUCAUUCUGCUGUACUGAUAAAUUUAAAACAUAAAUCAUCUGAGUUACUCACUUAUGUGCCAGAAAAAUUAAGAAAUUAUGAUGGGCCAGUGGAUGAUAUAAUUGUCUUCGCAGUGGGUGCACAAAGUAAUGAUAUUCCAAUAAUGAUCUGUAAUGAUUUUGUUUAUGGGUUUCUACCAGUACCAUUAGAAAAAUAUAAUGAGUUAGAGGACGAGAAAAGUGAAUUUGUAAAUACAAAAGUUGAGAUACUCGGCAAUGGCAUUAUUCCACCUCUUAACAAUGAUAUGGAGAAAUAUGUUGAACCACCAAUACCAGACAAUUUGGAUUGUACUGAAAUUUUCAUGAUAAACCUUAAAAGAAGGACUAAAAGACGAGUGUUAAUGGAGAAUAGUUUUAAGGAAUUGGGGCUGAAUGUCACAUACUUAAAGGCAUUUGAUGGCAAAACUAUAUCUAAGACAUUUUUGGAAAAGUAUGACAUUACAUUGUUGCCUGAAUAUGAAGAUCCUUACCAUAAAAGGCCCAUGAAAACUGGAGAGAUUGGAUGCUUCUUGAGCCAUUUCGUUCUGUGGCAAAGGAUUGUGGACGAACAUCUGGAUGUAACAUUAAUUUUGGAAGACGACGUACACUUUGUGCCGGAUUUUCGUAGGAAAUUCCUUCGUAUUCUUGAUGAAGUUAAAAGCCUUGAUUGGGAUUUUCUGUACAUCGGCCGUAAAAUUCUAAUGGAUGGCGAGGAAGAAUAUGUUACUGACCAUACAACUAAACCGCUCUACUCUUAUUGGACCCUUGGUUAUGUAAUUAAGGAGCGCGGCGCUAAGAAGCUAUUAGCUGCAGAUCCCUUGUCGAAAUUGAUUCCAGUUGACGAGUUCAUACCAAUUAUGUUCAAUCAACAUCCAUCGCAGGAAUUAAAGCAACAUUUUCCGGUGAGAACAUUAAAAGCCCUGUCAGCAUCCCCACUAUUAGUGCACCCCACACACUAUGUGGGAGACAUCGGCUACAUCAGUGACACGGAGGAUUCUAUUGUCGUAUGAAUACCCUAGCGAUCAAGACAAUUAUAUACGUGAAAUGUUUUACAUAAAAUAAAAUGAUCUGAUAUAUACAGGAUGUCAUAUUACAUUAUUACAAGCGCUGCUAUAAUAUAACAGUCAUUGCUAACAAAUAUUUGACUUAUGACUUUUACGUACCUUAAGUACAUUAAUGGAAUACAAACUUAUGUUAAAUUUUAUUUUAAUGUGAUUAAAUGAGACCCUGUAUAGUCGCUAUUUUUAUUAUGAACUAAGGUUAUAAAAUCGAUCUGAUUUUUUUAUUAGUGUUAUUAUUUUUAUACACAUUACAUAUUUAUAUAUGUACUUUAUGUUCACAUUGAUCGUAUGUGAUCGCAUUUAAUCUAUUUUUUGUUAUGUGCCAUUUUAUCGAUGUACUUAUAAAUAACCAAAACAUAUUUGUCGCGUGCUGGGUUUUUUUCUAUAUUAAUUAUUAUUUGAUUCAACGAACUUAUUUAAAUCAAAAUACAAAUGACACCAAAUUAUUUUUCUUAUAGUAUUCGGUUAUUUUUUUUUAGAAUAUUAACGCAACCCGAAGCGCUUGCUAAUGAUUUUUUAGCUACCUAUAUUUAAAACUGAUUUAAAAAUAUUUUCAGGUUUUAUAAAUGUAUUAUAAUAUUUUUAACAAUUAAUUUUUCUACAUUAUAUGUCACAUUUUAGGUAAGUAUAUUUUUUAUAUCGCAUUUCGAUUUAGUACCCUCAAAAAAUACCAAAAAAACAUGCCAUUUUAAUUUUUAUUGAUUGAUUUAAAUUUUAUAUCAUUUUAUUAGUGAACUAAGUUGUUUAAAGGUGCCAUUAACGUUAAGCUAAAAACUGUUAAGUAAUAUAUUUUUAUAUUUUUUUACUAAAUAAGUAUUGUAACCUUUAUUAAUAUGCAUUUAUUUUUUUAAUAUUUAGUAUAACCUUAUUAUACUUUUUUAAACUUUGACGUAAUGUUAUUCUUAAUGCCAUUAAUGAAGUUCCUGUUAUUAAUGUAUUAUAUUAUAAGAUGAUUAAAUUCAUUUACUAUGA